AUGAAAGCCCUCCGGCUGGUCGAGUACAACACCCCCUACCAACUCCACGAAAUCCCCAUCCCCACAAUCACCCCCAACGAGCUGCUGAUCAAAAUCGGCGCUGCCGGAUUCUGCCACACAGACUACCAAGUCUACCAAGGAGUCUACAACUCCCGCAUACCGAUGACGCCCUCGCACGAACCCGUAGGAACCAUCAUAGAAGUGGGCCAUAAAGUCUCCCCCGAAUGGAAACCCGGCCAACGCAUCGGAAUGUUAAAUUUCCGACACGCGUGCAAUUCCUGCAAUGGAUGUGAAUUUGCACGUGAUCCGUUGCGGCCGGAUGAACCCGAUGUGCGAUUCUGCGAGAAGAAGGAUAUGGCGGGGAUGACUGCUGACGGGGGGUUCGCGGAAUAUGCGGUUGCGGAUCCGGCUACGUGUGUGCGGUUGCCGGAGGGGGUGGAGUUUGAGCAGGCGGCGCCGUUGAUGUGUGCGGGGGCUACGGUGUGGACGGGGUUGGAUCGUUUGGAACUGAAGGCUGGCUUGCCGGUGGGGGUUAUUGGGAUUGGGGGGUUGGGGGCUUUGGCGUUGCAGUUUGCUGCUGGGUUGGGGUAUAAGACUGUUGCGAUUGAUAAUAGGUCGGAGGGGUUGCAGUUGGCGAGGGAAUUACCGGAGCAUUUGAGGCCGGGGAAGGUGGUGGAUUAUAAUAAUGAUCAGGCGGCGAAGGAGGUGGUUGAGUUUGCUGGGGUGGUGACUGAGUGGAGCUUGAAGUUGCUGCGGACGCAUGCGGUUUGUGUGCCGCUGGGGGCGCCGGCGGAGGGAUUCAAGUUCUCGGCUUUUGAUAUUCACUUUAAAGAGCUGACCAUUAGAGGAGCGCUAGUCGCGAACCAGCGGCUGGCCUCGCAUAUGAUGAAGUUGGUCGCUGAGGAGGGGGUGCGAUCGCAUGUGCAGACGAUCAAGCUGGAAGAGGGCAUGGAUUUACCCAUUCGGUAUAUGGAUCCGCAUCUCAGGGGGCGUUUGGUGUAG